CUCCUGUCCCAUCCAACACCACCGGCCGAGCUCCCGCGGCUCCGCGCUACCACCGGGACCCGUCCCGCCGCUCUGCCCGCUCCUGCCCCGGCUGCGGCGGGGCGCGACCCUCGGUCGGCAUGAAAGUCACGUCCCUCGACUGCCGCCAGCUGCGGAAGCUGCUGCGGAAGGAGCCCUCCCGCUGCCUGGUGCUGGACUGCCGGCCCUACCUGUCCUACUCUGCCUCCUGCCUCCGCGGCUCGCUGAACGUGAACCUGAACUCGGUGGUGAUGCGGCGGGCCCGCGGCGGGGCCGUGCCCCUGCACUUCGUGGUGCCCGACGCGGCCGCCCGGGCCCGGCUGCUGCUGGGCGGAGAGGGGCCGGCCGGGACCGCCCGCCUGGCCGCCGUGGUGGUGCUGGACCAGAGCACGGGGCACUGGCAGAAGCUGAAGAAGGACAGCACAGCCCAGAUCGUCCUCAACGCUCUGCUCUCCAGCCUGCCAGAGGCCGGGGCCAGAGUCUGCUUCCUGAAAGGGGGAUAUGAAACCUUUAACUCGCAAUAUCCUGAGUGCUGCGUGGAUGGAAAACUCAUUUCCCCAGAGAGGACUGAGGCAGAGAGAAAUCUUGCCAGCCACUGUGAGAAGCCGAGUGCCAACCACAAACCUGCUUAUGACCAGGGUGGUCCAGUCGAAAUCCUGCCUUUUCUCUACCUUGGUAGUGCCUAUCAUGCUUCCAAAUGCGAGUUUCUCGCCAACCUGCACAUCACAGCCCUGCUCAACGUCUCCAGGAAGAGCUCAGAGUCCUUCAAAGACCAGUAUUGCUACAAGUGGAUCCCAGUGGAGGACAGUCACACAGCAGACAUCAGCUCUCACUUCCAGGAAGCCAUAGACUUCAUUGAUUACGUCAGGCGAACAGGGGGCAAGAUCCUGGUGCACUGCGAGGCGGGGAUUUCACGCUCCCCCACCAUCUGCAUGGCCUAUCUCAUGAAGACCAAGAAGCUCCGCCUGGACGAAGCCUUCGAUUACAUCAAGCAGCGCCGGAGCCUGAUCUCGCCCAACUUUGGCUUCAUGGGCCAGCUGCUACAAUACGAGUCAGAGAUCUUGUCUUCCACUCCCAGCCCCCCCGUCGCCUCGUGCAAAAGAGAAGCCGCGUCUUUCUUUGCAGAGGAACUGACAUUAGGCAAAAACUUUGAAGGCUCGUGUUUUGCAUUUCCUACCUCAGUGCUGAGUUCUGUGCCCCUCCACUCUCCUGUCCACCAGCUGAAACUCAGCCCCAUGACGGCAUCUUCGUCUUGCUGAGUGCCGUGGGGAGACCAGAGGUGUGGUCCUCUGAUCCAAACUGUGAUCCCCAACAGGAACAUUUCAUGAACGUGCAAUAGAGAAACUUCAUCGACUUAGUCUGAGAUGGAGUGGUUGUCAUGGGUCAUACGUUGUGACUGUAAGAUGCAAGUGCUCUAAGUGUGGCAGGUUUUCUGAACUUUUAUUGUCCUUUUUU